AGAGAGACCUCCUGAAUCACACUUUGACUCUUGUACAUGUUGAAAUGUGCUCUUAUAACGGAGAGAAAAAGAGGAAAUUCGUGUCUCUGUGGUCUCCUCUCCUGCUUCAUCGACUUUGUACCAUAGCACCACUGGAGGAGAACACAACCAGGUGAGAUGAGGGACCGGAUGUGUGAGCUGCAGACUUCCACCCCCAAGUCUGCAGAGGAGGAGCAGAGGGAUGAGGAGAACCACAGCCCUGAGGAUAAGGAGCACCUGGAGCAACAUGCCAUCGUGUUUGAGGCAGAGGACCUAAUGGCCGGCAUCUACAAGGAGGCCCAGUCCAUGAGGAAGGAGAUGCUGCUGUGCAAAUUGGACGUGAAGCGUCUCGGGAAGCAGAACACCAGGUUCCUCACAUCCGUCAGGAGGAUAAGCAGCAUCAAGCGGGACUCCAACGCUCUGGGCCGGGGCAUCAAGGCCCGAGCGGAGGCCAUUUACGCUCGGCUGAAGAAGAUGGGGAAGCUCAGCAAGGAACUGGAGGAGGAACACGGAUCUACCUCAGCCAUAGCUCGCAUCGUGCGUUCGCAGUACGUGUCCCUGACCAACGAGUUCCACGGCACCAUGUCCGAGUUCAACGAGGCCGAGAUGGAGCAGAGGGAGAACUGCAAGACGCGCAUCCAGAGGCAGGCAGAGAUCAUGGGCUGGGAGGUGAGCAGGGAGCAGAUAGACGAGAUGAUCGAGACGGGCAAGUGGAACGUCUUCUCUGACAACCUCCUCCUGGAGGGAAGAUCUGCCAGGUCGGCGCUCAACGAGAUCGAGAACCGCCACAAGGAGCUCCUGGAGCUGGAAGGCCGCCUCAGGGAGAUUCAGGAGCUUUUCUUCGAGUUGGCCAUGCAGGUGGAGAUGCAGGGCAAAAUGGUGGACAACAUCCAGGCCAACGUCGGUAGGACUCAGGACUACAUCGCCAAGUCUUCGGCUCAGAUCAAGCAGGCCGUGAAAUACAAGAGAAACAAUCCGUGCAAGAAACUCUUCUGCUGUUGCUUCCCCUGCUGCAACUGAGGCAACAUGAUUUCUUCGUCAAAGUCUUUAGUCUAGAUUAAGAAUCCUAUAUUAUAUUUUGUUAUUUUACUCUGUGACACCAUUUUCAAGCAGCAGCGAUGUUAAAAUUUCACACUCGUCAAUUAUUUUCUUUACUGGGCCGGUUUCAAACCACAUAUUCAUAUGCAAACAGUGUUUAGUGAGAUAUGGUUUUACAUUUCCUGAUUGUUACUGAGUACAGCCUUUGCAUGACCAGACAUCUCAGCUGUUGUUUUAAUGCACAACCCUUAGCCUUCUUUCCCUUUAGCUUUCAGCUUUGUAAGUUGUUUUGUAAGAUAUU